UGGGGCCUGCUUUGUUGUCCUUGCCCAUGAUACUGGCCCGCGAUGUUGGCUCUUCCAGCACCAGGCGAUGCGGACAAGGACCCGGUGGUUCUCUGUGGCAUCUGUCUGCGAUCGCGAAGAUUAGAACCAGCAGGGCGUGCCUUCCAUGCAGAGCACGAGAAGCCGAAACUUGAGGGAAAACGGCGUCCUGCCCAAGCGCGCAAGGAAGCUGAUAGUGAUGAGGAAGCCACACCUUCUGAUUCCUGGAGGAAGAAGCAGAAAAAGGAGGGUACCGGAAGGAGUGCUCUGAAGCUGAGCGCACUGCUCACAGGCGAAGAUUUGUACAAGCUUCUGGAAGUCAGUGAGACCUCCUCCACAGAGCAAAUCAAGAAGCAGUAUCGGAAGAUGGCAUUGCAACAUCAUCCCGACAAGCAAGGCGCAGACACUGAAGAAAAGACUCCAGGUCUGAGCGAGAAGGACCAACACUUCAUUAAGAUUCAGGAGGCCUAUGAGAUCCUCUCUGAUCAAACCAAGCGCCGGCAGUAUGACUCCACCCUUGAUUUCGAUGAUGAUAUUCCAGAUGAGGUCGACGAGCACCUGGGCUUCUACGAGACUUUCGGCCCGGUGUUCCGCCGGAACGCGAGAUGGAGCACGAGGUUUCCAGUGCCCGAAGUGGGCGAUGAUCAAACGGACAUGUCCAAGGUGCACAAGUUCUACAACUUCUGGCUGUCCUUCGAUUCCUGGCGCGACUUUUCCAUGCACGACGAGUACAACCUGGACGACGCCGAGUUUCGGGAGGAGCGUCGUUGGAUGGAGAGGCAGAAUCAGAAGGUUCGCAAGAAGUAUGUGGAAGCUGAACGGAAGAGAAUCAUGCGACUGGCAGAGACUGCAGAGAAAUACGAUCCCCGAAUACGUGCGGAAAGGGAGGAAAGAGAGAGAAAGAAGAGGGAGGAGAAGGAAAAACGAGCACGUGCCAAACAGGAGGAGGCAGAGGCAAAGCAGAGGCAGGAAGAGGAGAAGCGGAAGAAGGCGGAGCAAGAAGCAGCUGAACAAGCUGAGAAGGAGCGACUACAGCGUGAGCAGCGCAAGCAAGACAAACAGGUUGCUAAAACUCUUCGCCAGCGCUUCAAGAGAAGCGUGCAGGAGAAGUGCAACCUGGAGCCGCUGGAGCUGGAGGACCUGCAAGAAUUUUGUCUUGCACUUGAAGCAGAGAGGCUGCAGGAGCUCUGCGAAAGUCUUGAGGGCAAGCCGGCUGGCAAGCAGUCCGACGCUUUUGUUCGGGAAGAGCUCGCUGAGGCCAAGCGCCGACGAGCGGAGGAACAAGCGAGAGAGGAAAGGCAAAGACAGGAAGCCAGGAAGCGUGAACAGAAAGUUGCAGAUGUCAAGGAGUCUGUGCCUUGGAGCACUGAAGAGCUGGGUUUGCUGGCUAAGGGUCUUCAGAAGUUUCCUGGUGGAAUGGGUGGCCGUUGGAGCCUGAUUACGAUGAAAUUCCUCACCGACAACGGGCACGAAAGGACGGAGAAGGAAGUGGUUGACAAAACCAAGGAGCUCUCGGAGGGUCAGUCUCUUCGAUCCAUGGGCUCCAAGAUGGCGCAAGAGAAUACUUUUCAGGCACCAAAAGCCAAAGCAAAAGCGAAGGUCCAGCAGCAAGAGGUGGCGCAACCUGAGGCCGCCAAGAGUGCGGUCAAUGGCACCUCAGACAAGGCUGAGGGUAAGGAUGAUUCCUCUGAGUGGACACCUGAUCAACAGCAAGCCCUGGAGAAAGCCUUGCAGAGGCACCCGGCCAGUCUCGACAAGAACGAAAGAUGGAAGCUCAUAGCUGCAGAUGUCGCUGGCAAGACUAAGAGCCAGUGUGUCGAGCGCUUCAAGUUCCUGCGAGAGCAGUUGAGCAAGGCCAAGGGCUGAAGGUUGUGCUGAGUCGCCGACAGGGAA